AUGGCGUGCCCCAGGGCGCUGGAUGGGUUUUUCUCCUCCCUGCUGCCGGCCAUCCCCCCAUGGCGCCCUGGCCCCGAGCCGGCGCUGGCACUGCUGGUCUGGCUGGCCCUGCUCUUCAUCUGGUACUGCUACCGGGUGGGCAGCGAGUGGGCGCCAGCGGGGCCUCCGGGGGGGCCACGGGGCGGGGGGCGCCCAGCCCCCAGCCUGCCCCCCGGGGCCGGGCGGCUGCACCGAAGCCUGCGGGCCUACACCCAGCGGUACUCGUGGGCGGGCAUGGGGCGGGUGCGCAAGGCGCUGUGGGAGGAGCUGCGACCCGAGCGCCCGGCCAUCCAGAGCCCCCGCGUCUUCCACCUGCCCGAGCUGCCCUCGGCCCCCUGCUUCCCGCGGGACGCCCAGCGGCACGACGCCGAGCUGCUGGAGCGUGCCUGCGCUGCCAUCCUGCAGGAGUACCAGGGCGUGGCUGGGGGCGCCGCCCGGGGCUGGACACCUGGGCCCUGCCAGUGCUUCUACCUCUACCGCCGGGGCGUGUGCCAGCCGCAGCACUGCCGGGCCUGCCCGCGCACCUACCGCACCCUGGCCACUCUGCGCACCUUCGUCAGCGCCAACCGCUUCGGCAAUGCCUGCUUCAGCGUCCUGCAGCCGGGCACCAUCCUGCCCGGGCGCUACGGGCCCACCAACAUCCGCCUGCGCUGCCACCUGGGGCUGAUGGUGCCCCAAGGCUGUGAGCUGGUGGUGGGGGGCGAGCCCCAGUGCUGGUCCGAGGGACACUGCCUCCUGCUGGACGACUCCUUCCUGCACACGACUGCGCAUAAUGGUCCCCCCGAGGACGGACCCUUCGUGCUGUUCAUUGUGGAUCUGUGGCACCCCAACGUGGCCGGGGCCGAGCGCCAGGCUCUGGAUUACAUCUUUGCCCCUAGCCCCUAGGGCCUGGGCCGGGCCGUGGCGCUGGUGGCGGGUCAGUGCCCAGGACGGAUGGACAGCACUGGAACCAGCCCCACUGAACUGCCUCUGGGGGCGCCGGCUCCCAUCCAGCCCCAGGGCCCCAAGUCUCCUGCCCCACUGCGUACGGCUUCCUUGGCCCCACGUUGCUUGAACCCGAAUUCUCUGCAAAGCCCCCAGCCCCUCACUAAAACCUUCAGCACCUGCUAUGUCAGCGCUUCGCAGAGCUGGGGCUGUGGCGCCGGGCACUGCCCAGACUCCGCCUGCCCUCGGCAGGUCAGGGCCCCAUCACCCAGCAUGGGCUGCUUCGGGGCAGGGACUGGCCUGUAGGGUGGGGGACAGGACCCAGGGCCUCUCCUCUCUAGGGAGCGCCGUUCCCAGCCGGCCCCAGGGCAAGGACCGGUGCAGGGGGGUGGGGGAUGGGACCCGGGGCCUCUCCCCUCUAGGGGGCGCUGGUUCCCAGCCAGCCCCAGGGCAAGGACUGGUGCAGUGGGGCGGGACCCAGGGCCUCUCCCCUCUAGGGGGCGCCGGUUCCCAGCUAGCCCCAGGACAAGGACCGGUGCAGUGGGGCGGGACCCAAGGUGUGGGGGGGCGCUGGUUCCCAGCCGACCCCAGGACAAGGACCAGUGCAGGGGCGUGGGGGAUGGGACUCAGGGCCUCUCCCCUCUAAGGGGAGCCGGUUCCCAGCCAGCCCCAGGGCAAGGACUGGUGCAGUGGGGCGGGACCCAGGGCCUCUCCCCUCUAGGGGGCGCCGGUUCCCAGCCAGCCCCAGGGCAAGGACCAGUGCAGGGGGCGGGGGACAGGACCCAGGGCCCCUCCCCUCUAUGGGGUGCCGGUUCCCAGCCGACCCCAGGACAAGGACCAGUGCAGGGGGCGGGGGACAGGACCCAGGGCCCCUCCCCUCUAUGGGGUGCCGGUUCCCAGCCGACCCCAGGGCAAGGACCGGCGCAGGGGGUGGGGGACAGGACCCGGGGCCUCUCCCCUCUAGGGGGUGCCAGUUCCCAGCUGGCCCCAGGGCAAGGACCAGUGCAGGAGGGUGGGGGAUAGGACCUAGGGCCUCUCCCCUCUAGGCGCCACCGGUUCCCACCCAACCCCAGGACAAGGACCGGUGCAGGGGGGUGGGGGAUGGGACUCAGGGCCUCUCCCCUCUAAGGGGAGCCGGUUCCCAGCCGACCACAGGGCAGGGACCGGUGCAGGGGGGCGGGGGACGGGACCUGGGGCCUUUCCCCUCUAUGGGGAGCUAGUUCCCAGCCGACCCCAGGACAAGGACCAGUGCAGGGGGCAGGGGACAGGACCCAGGGCCCCUCCCCUCUAUGGGGUGCCGGUUCCCAGCCGAUCCCAGGACAAGGACCAGUGCAGGGGGCAGGGGACAGGACCCAGGGCCCCUCCCCUCUAUGGGGAGCUAGUUCCCAGCCGACCCCAGGACAAGGACCAGUGCAGGGGGCAGGGGACAGGACCCAGGGCCCCUCCCCUCUAUGGGGUACUGGUU